AAGUGGAAAAGUGAAUGUAAAAAUUGUGGCGAGACUGUCACGCUUGAAUGUCCCCGCCAAGUAGAUGGACUUGAACCGGAUACUCACCGGAACUUAAAGAAGUACUUUUUACCGGAUUUUGAAAUCUGUUUGUUUUUAUCUCAUUAUUUGUUGCAAGUUUCAUAGUCCACAGUAGCGUGCAUCAUGAUGAGUUUGUUAUUAUUUGCUGUGCCAGUCGUUCUAUAUGUUAUAGUAAAAAAGUAUAGGUUUAAAAAAUUACCCAAACAAACUCAUGAUGACUUUAUGAAGUUGGUAUGGAAUAAAGAUAUUAAAAAUCCAGGUGUUAUAUUACACAGAGGUGGUAAUGUAGAUGCACCAGAAAAUACACUAGAAGCAAUUAAACAGGCUAAAAAGAGUGGAUGUUGUGGUGUAGAAAUAGAUAUAAAUUUUACUAAAGAUGGUGUAGGAAUAUUAUUACAUGAUGAUACUGUAGAAAGAACAACAGAUGGAACUGGUAAUCUUGAAAACUUUACAUUAUCUCAAGUACAACAAUUAAAUGCAGCUGCAAAACACAAGAAAUGUAAGGAAUUAGGACAUUGUAAAAUACCUACAUUAGAAGAAAGUGUGGAUUUAUGUUUGGAAUUAAAUUUACUGACAUUUUUAGACUGUAAAGGAAAUGCUAAAAAGACAGCAGAUUUAGUGUGCCGACUAUUUCAAGAAAAACCUGAAUUAUAUAAAACAGCUGUUGUUUGUUCCUUCUUUCCUCAGAUUAUUUAUGCUGUAAGAAGUAAAGAUGCAUCAAUAAUGACUGCUUUAACAUUUAGAACCCAUUGGUUAAGUCACCUGGGUGAUGGAACUCCAAGAUUUACAGGAUUAACACAAUCUCUAGUAGAAAGAGCAAACAGUAUUCUAAGAUUUGCCCAUUCUUAUUUUUUAUGGUAUUUUUUUGGUAACACAUUUUAUCUCCUCAACAUGGACAUGCUCUCCAGGGACAUAUUUCUACAAUGGAAGAAUCGUGGAAUACACUGUAUACCAUGGACAGUUAACCAUCCAAUAAUGAAAGAAUAUUGUCUGGAAUAUCUACAUUGUCCCAUUAUAACAGAUGGAUUGGAUACUAAGCUCUGAUAUAGAUGUGCCUAGGACAACAAGUCUUUCCAAAAAGAACAAUGACUGUAUGUAGACUUCCUAUGAAUACACCAGUGAUCAAAUUUUCUUUAUUUAAGAGUUUGAACAAUAUUUUUAUGUUGUUAUAUUAUGAUAUAUUUGUUAUAUAUUCAUUUCGUUUUCAAACUUACAUUCCAGGGUUUUUUUUGGCAUAAAAUCAUUCAUCAAAAAUAUUCAGACAAUUUAUAACAAAACUGUAAAAUGCAUAAAACUAUAUUGGACAACAAUACUAAAUAUAAUCACAAAAAAUACAUUUAUAUACAUAAAUAAAACAAAUAUCACAGAUUUGUGUAUAUA